AUGAAAUACACCGUCUACGACCGCUUGUUGAAGCGUGAAGUUGGCCAACAGCGCAAGAAAUAUACCGACAUUCGUGGAAUAUACGGUGACCGACGGUGGAUCGAUGAUCUGGACAUUGUAAACGAGCUCGAGGGCCACAGUGGUUGUGUGAAUGCUCUCAGCUGGUCCACAUCUGGUCGUCUCUUGGCCUCAGGCUCAGACGACCAUCGUAUCAACAUCCACGCAUACCAGCCUGAAUCUUCGACGUCGCAAUUCAGCCUCACCACUUCCAUCUUGACAGGCCAUCGAUCGAACAUUUUCUCUGUGAAGUUUAUGCCCUAUUCCAACGAUCGAACAAUCGUCUCCGCCACCGAUGACGUUCGCAUCUUUGAUAUUGAACACUCCGGACACUCGUCCUUUGGCUCUGGCAGUACAAGGCCUGGUGCGAAUCACCAUAGUAUGGGCAUGGCACGGGACGGUCUUACACUGACUGAAGGCGACACCAACGCGAAGGCCUUUCGCUGCCAUACAGACACAGUGAAGCGCAUUGUCACCGAAGACAACCCAUUCUACUUCCUGACGUGCUCAAAUGACGGCGAUGUAAGGCAGUGGGAUAUUAGGCAGCCAUCAAGAGCGUAUCCACCCGCCAAAGAUAGCAUAAUUCCUCGGUGGGCUAGAGACGAGGACGCCUCUGACGACGUACCGCCACCGCUCAUCUCGUACAGUCGAUAUGGUUUGGAUCUUAACACAGUCUCCUGUUCGCCCUCACAGCCGCACUACAUAGCACUUGGUGGCGCUCAUCUCCACUGCUUCCUCCACGAUCGACGCAUGCUCGGACGAGACAAGAACCGAGAGCGCGGCUCGAGACUGUCCAGUCCCAACAACUGGACUGAUAAUGAUGACGAACUUUUAGGUCAGGCCACCCAAUGCGUCAAGAAAUUUGCACCCUAUGGCAAGCAGCGGAUGAAGCGGAACGAUAGUGGCCAUAUCACAGCUUGCAAGAUUAGUGACGCCUACCCAAAUGAGCUCAUCGUAAGUUGGUCUCAGGACCACAUUUACAGUUUUGAUAUAUUGCGGGCUCCGGACGCGAGAGAAAAAGUCACUCGUACAAAACCAAUGCGCAACGACUCAAGACAGCGCGUGAAGGAGCAGAACAGGAAGCGUAAGCGAUCAAAGUCGGGUACAUCAUUGCAAGAGUCUGCAGAAAGAGCCGACUCAAGACAGCGAACAGAGAGCUCAGAGGACGAUCUUGCGUUGCGUGUAACUUACGGCAAUGGCCAGAGCGAAGACAUCCGAAUAGAGCCUCCCCGUGAAACCAAAAUGUCGCAGGAUGAACUGAACGACCUCCGCGCGACGAAUCAUUAUCGGAUCGCGAAAAUUUCCAUCAAAAUUGCAAAGGGUAUUUUCAAUCUAGGCGAGCACGGAGAGGCCGGACUUAGUUUAGCAUUGACUUCUAUCCUUGGUCUUGCAAACUCGAUACUAUCAGAGAUGGAUGACAUUGAUCGCUCAUGGGGGUAUCCUCUGGAUCCUGACCCUGUCGAUGUCGCCGUACAGAACAGUCUCCGCGCCAAACGUGCAUCGUCUCGCCGCUUCGUGCAGGCUGCUGGUACCCUUGCACGAGUCUUGGGAGGACAAUUGCUCACGGGCGCAAAUUCGGAUGCACUCAUAUCCAAGUACUUCGCAUCGAUACAAGCAUCUCCAAGGGAGCGGGAUUUGCCUCGCCACGAGCAAUUCGGUUACGAUUUCCUCAAAGCGAUCCUUCUAUGGGUCGAUAGCGGUCCCGGAGCCGUGAUUGAAGGCUUUUCGAGUCGCAGUAGCAGUCCGCGUCAUCCCAUUCCGCAUGGAUCUGAUAUUGACGCCAUCGAGGAAUAUCUAAUCCCAUAUCUCCUUGAUUUGGCCAGCGACGACCCCAUCUUUGACGUUGACAAGUCUAGAUUUGAAAAGGACGAGAACAGGCGUUUGUUUUCGACAGAACGAGAGGCUGUCAAUGCGUUCGCGGCUGCCGUCAAGAUACCGUUCGCGGAUCUCGUAGAGACGCCUGAAGAAGAAGGCCAGUCUACGCAAGAACCUGUACAGGACCGGAUCGCUGCGAGGAGAGAAUGGGUAUAUCGCAUCGGUAGGGGUGUUCUACGGAAUGCGGCCAAGCAUAUCAAGUUUGCUUUUGUCGAUUGCGCAUAUGGUGGGCGUGGGAUGACUGGCCAGGAGACUAGAAAAGAAGAAGGGGCGUUGAGAGAGCAACAAGAGGAGAUCGAUUCUCAAACUGAAUACGAAGAAGUCUUAGAGAAUAAUUCUGUCGGUGCAACCCGAGCACCUGUGAGCACGGCACCUGCUGUGUCAUCAUCGAGCUCUCCAGCAGCUAGUGGUUCAGGACGCGCAAGGAUUGCCACGGAGGAUGAAGAUGAUGACGAAGAGCAUGACGAUGACGAAGAAGAUGAAGACGACGAAGAUGACGAUGACGAUGACUGUGAUGUUGAAUCGGAUGAAGACGAUGAGGAGGACGACGAGGACGAAGAAGAGGAAGAAGAAGAGGACGAAGAAGGGCUGAGACGCACCGGAAGUGGUCGCAUGCUCUGGCGUUCGGAUUUUGCUCGAAGUCGUUUUAACCGGGAGAAGGUGGAGCUGGAUGUUCCUUGUGCGCCGCAUACAAGAGUGUAUACGGGCCACUGCAAUGUGAAGACGGUCAAGGAUGUGAAUUACUUUGGAUUGCAGGACGAAUAUGUGGUCAGUGGCAGCGAUUCUGGCCACGUCUUCAUAUGGGAUCGGAAAACGGCUGAGCUGGUCAACAUCCUUGAGGGUGACGGCGAGGUUGUCAACGUUGUGCAAGGCCAUCCCUACGAGCCCACGAUGGCAGUAUCAGGUAUCGAUCAUACCAUCAAGAUCUUCUCCCCCGACACACAGCUUCAGCGAAAUGCUCGCAAAGGCGUGGGCGUCCAUUCAGCAGACCCGGAGUCCUUUUCAAGUCUCAAUUGGGGACGCCGCCGGCGGCCUCAGGCCCCAGCCACUGAAAAUGAACGCCCAACUGAGACGGAGGCACUGAGCGAUAGUGAUAACGAGGUCGCCCCACAUGGCCUUAGCAGUCGAAAGAGAAUGCACGAAGCCUACCAGAUCACGAGUAAGAACGAUAUGGACCGCAAGGGUGGACGUGACGACUACUUCAUCUCACAAGCCGUGCUGGCACAGCUUGCUAGACACAUGGCUGCACGACGAGGUGGAGGGGAGGGGGCGGAUGAUGGAGAUGAAGGGCAGGGAGGCCCCAUUGUGAUCUCAGACGAGAAUUGUACUACGAUGUAG